AUGCUCUUCCUCUCCGGUGUUUUAUUUAUCUCUGGGUACAAUAUUAUGCCUGCAAAUUUUGGUGAUAUACCGCUGGAUCUGUCUAAGGACGCCACCAAACUACGGGCGGAUGCUUGGAACUUUGCGGUGGAAAGUGGCGAAGUGACUCCAUUGAGCGGAGGGCAACUGGAGAGAGGGACUAAAUACGGUCAAGUACAAUUAGUUUACGAAGGUGAUAAUGUAUUUACUCGAGAAAAUUUACUGAGUAUAAAGCAUUAUGAAGAGACCCUGUUCAAUCGCUCCAGCUAUCGAACUGAAAUCUGCUUACUACAUGGAACUGCAAAGCACCCCACAUUACAGGCACCUGCAAACCCCACACUACAGGGAACUCCAAACGGCCCACAACAGGGAACUGGAAACCCCACAUUAAAGGGAACACCAAACCCCACACAACAGGGAACUGCAAACCUCACACUACAGGGAACUGCAAACCCCACAAUACAGGGAACUGCAAACCCCACACUACAGGGGACUGCAAACCCCACACUACAGGGAACUGCAAACCGCACACAACAGGGAACUGCAAACCGCAUAUGCGCAAAACCUUUGUCUAUAUUAAGAUUUUUUGAUGGUACCUAUGCAGCGAUAAAUUCGACAUUAUACGAUCCAAAUUUUGAAAAUAUUGCUGGUGUUCUCUACACGGCCAGUAUGAAUAAAAAGAGCAACGCUCUUCUAAACUUCCACUUAGGAAAAGACGCUAGGAUUUCACCCACUGAAGUGUCUUCGCCUUAUACCAGAUCUUUAUUUUUCACCGGCUGGCCUCUGAAAGGGUACAAGAGCAAUACUGAUCGCCAAGAUGACCAAAAAAAGGAACUAGACAAAAAGGUUGUGGAAAUAUUUUGGGAUAGUUUUGAUGAGAAAUAUAACGAUGGUGUUGGUGAGAUGAACUUUUAUUAUUUUAGCGUAUCACUGUGGACAGCUGCUCUUCAAAAACAAAUCAUCUAUGAUAUGAUGUUAGCUGUUGCUAGUCUGUGUUUCAUCUUUUCAUUUUGCUGGUUCCAAACUGGCUCAUUGUGGAUAACCAGCUGGGGAAUUUUCGGCAUCUUCUCAAGUUUCAACAUCACAAAUCUUCUCUAUAGAAUCGUUUUAGACUACAGAUAUUUUGGAGUAUUUCACGUUAUGUCAAUUUUCAUUAUUUUGGGCAUUGGGUCUGAUAAUAUAUUUGUUUUUAUGGACUCAUGGAAGCAGAGUGAAAAUAAUAAAUAUAAAAGUCUUGCCCAUAGAUUAUCAGAUGUUUAUCGCAAGUCUGCUAAAACGAUGUUUGUGACGUCUAUAACAACAAUCGUGGCAUUUCUCUCCAAUGCACCGUCUCCGUUGUUGUCAAUAUCUUCUUUUGGUAUUUUCUCCGCAGUUCUUAUUUUUGUCAACUAUCUGACAGCCAUAUUGUUCUUUCCAACUGUUGUGAUGUAUCAUCAUGAAAGUCGCAAAGGUAUGUAUAAUGUAUGUAAAACUAUUCACAUUGUUCAAACGUGGCCUCGUCAACGAUCAGUUGAUUUCCUCACAGGAUAUCAAAACAAAAGAAAGUGUAUUUAGUACAUAUAGGAUAUUAGACGGUUGCGACGAGAUGUGGAUUUUAUGUAUAUCUCACGAGUGAGCGCAGCGAACGAGUGAGAGAUUGUUUUUGACACGAGAACAUAAAUCCAUAUCUUCUCGCAACCGUUUAAUGUUCUGUUUAUUAUAUGACAAAAAUACACGCAAAGACGUCAUGUAAAUAAGCACGCCAAAGACCAGUAUAAAAGCGAUAUUUUUUAAAAUUAUAGUGCAAACAUAAAACUAGAAUAAAUUUUACUUAUCUCCAAGAUGUCUUUUAAAUGUUUUCGUUUUAUUUCCAACGUUAUUUUCGUUUUAUAUACGAACCAAAGCCCAUUUGUAUUUUCAAAACAACAACAUUGAAAAUGGCGGCAAAUUUUCGAACUUCGUAUGUCACUAGCAGGGGUGAAAUACGGAAAAUACGCGCACCUGGUCCCGAAUGUAGUGACGUAUGAGUUCUACGAGUGUUUUAUUUUUCAGUAAAACACCAUUGUCCAUAUAAUAAAUGUAUUUAUUAAUAAAUGUAUAUAAUAAAUGUAUUUAUUAUAUAGUCGAGAGUGAGAUACUGAAAAAUACACAGUGAGAUAUUCUCCAUAUCUUCACUAGUGAAUAUAUCGAUCACGUGACUUUUUCCAAUUUGCUCUUGAGCGUGAAAUUUCACAUUUUUUUGUUUGGGACUAUAUAAUAAACAGAACAUUGCGCUCGUUCGUAAAAUAUAGUUUUCACCACUCGAAGAUAAAAGUCAUAUCUUCGCGCCACCGUGUAAUAUCCUCUAUGUAUACUACAGUACUAAACACGUGAAAAGGCUCAAGUUGUAACAAACCUGCAACAGACUUGUAGCAGUGCUGUUCCAAUGUGUUCGUACUACUGGUACAUGCAUGUUCCCAGUUUGUUGACAAGUUGUCAACGGUUUGUUGAGAACUUGGUACAAGGUUGUUGAGCUCAACAGACUUGUUACAAGUUGUUCCAACAACUUGUUAUCGUCCUGCAAUUCAAUAAUUUGUCAAAAAGUUGUGAGUGAUGACCUUGUAGCAACUUGAUGCAAAAGUUGUGAGAUUUUUAUUUGUGUACAGUAGUUGCCGCAUACGUUGGGUGUUUCGACGAACUUCUGCAAUACUGUAAUGCGUUUUAUUCUAUAUACAGUUAUAGAAAUACACGUGGGAGUUUUGGAGAACGAGAAACAGUCGAUAAUCUUGUUUUAGUCCAUGCAGUAUCUUGGGUUUUCAAUAUGUUUUCAUUUUCCCAUUUUUGCUUUAUAUAUUAUUCAACCAUAAGUGCGCACCAUCUUCUCUCUGUAGGUCGCUGUUGGUGUUGCGCACUGUACUGCUCCCAUCAAAAUCCAGAUAAUGACUUGCUAGAAGGAAGUGUUAGAGAAUCGUCAAGAAGAAAAAAGAAGACCAUAUUGGAAUAUGUCAUCGAGUUUUUCGAUGGUUGGUUCUUUAGAAAUAUUGUUACACACAAAUAUGUCCGUUGGUUCGUACUUGUCGUAUCUGCAGUAAUAAUUGGUGUCGCUAUUUCCUUUGCUACACAACUUGAACCUGAUAGAGAGCAGGUGAGUGAAGUUUUCUCGAUAACGUGGCUGUCAUGAGGGGGAGUGGGAUGCUGACUUAGAAUACUGUAGGCUACCAAUAUCGCAAACAUCCCUAACUUGGUGAUGUUGCUACUUGGCUUUGCUACACAACUCGUAUCUGGCAAAGAGGUCGUAAGUCCCCAAACCCUUUUCCAGAUAACAUUUGUAAGAAAUGUAAGAGAAAAAUAUUCUCUCCAAGCAUGGUCUUGUAAACUCAAGAGUCAUCUUUUUGAGCAUUAACAGGGCACAAAAUUCAAGGUGAUAAUAGUUCGACUCUAUGUUUGACAAUGAUUUUGAAAUACAUUUUUGUGUCUUGUUUUUCAACAACUCACAGUGAAGUGCUACCUUUCUUAUUAAGCCGGAAAUGAUGACCGACUCCAACAUGAAAAGUGCUUCUUUAAACUUGAACAUUAAUUGUACGACUAUUUUUGUCAAGCAUUACAGGUUUACAGUAUAUACAUAUUACUUUUCGCAUAAGUAAAUCCAUUCGUAAAACUCACUAUCUAUAUUUUAUAGUUCUCAAUAUGAUUAAGCUAGUGUUUUCCCGAUCUAGAACUUUUUUCGGUCUAAAGUGCCGUAUCUCUCAUUAAACGUAUUUCUUCUAAUUUUAGACACAAGUUUGGCGAAGUGACACGAACUGGGCGACGUUUCGUCAUCUAAGUAAUAAUGCUUUUAAAAAAAGUCAAGAAGAUCAUGCAGUGGUUGUUUCCAUUAUCUGGGGAUUGAAAGAACAAGAUCGAAGUGAAUGUCAUCAUUCUGAUUUUAAGUGUAAAGGAAAGACAGUAUUCGAUCGAAGUUUUGAUCUAAAUCCUCCGCCAUGCCAGACGGCCAUGUUGGUAAGUUAUCUUACUAAUACGUUUAUUCUAGGUUCUGUUUAGUAUUUAUACUAAACUAAAAACUACAGUACAAGGGCUUAAGCUUCACGAAACAAGGCGAGGAUACCAUAACAGCUAAAAUAUCAUGCAUGCACGAUAUUGCGCUUGCAAAGACGUCUGUCAUAUCAGUCUGGUCGCAACAGACCCGUGAAGUACUCAUCAAAAUAUCCUUCCUCUUUCAUAGCAAGUUGUCGUCAGAUGUAAUGGUAUAUAUGUAUACAGUAAUCUUCCCAGAAAUAGCGUAUUUCCUAUCUGCACAGAAACGAGUCAGCUUUAUUAGUGCCUUUUGCGGUUUUCCAUGGACCGUUUCAAACUACAAACAAAGUCAGAUUGUAUUAUUUUUGCUUUUCCGAGGCUUUGUCAUUUUGCUCCCAUGAUGGCCAUGAAAAUAUAUACGGGUCUUUUCUGCAACGCUUCACAUUAAAAAUACAUAAGAUAUAGAUGAAUAGUUACUCUAUUAUCAUACAGGACAGAUAAAAUAGCGAUAUUUUCAAAUACAUGACAAUGGCGAAAACUUCACAGUCCUUGACAUGUGAAACUUUGAAAAACAAAAUUUGUAAGGGAAAACCACGAAAAUGUCGCAAAUGUCCCCUCGACCACUAACUCUCCUUUUCACUGCUUUUUAUGCGCCGUUGUCUCAGGAAACACAAGUUCUCAUAUUUAAUAAAAAGUCUCAUCUUGGCCAAUUUCUUAAUUCACUGUGAAAGGUGCCAGGUAUAUGAUGUCAUUACAUGAAUUGCAUACCAGUUUGCCUUUGUAUUUUGCUGGUAAAAUACAAUCUAAUGGCAUCGUAUUCGGCAACUUUUGCAGUGAAAAGUUUCUCAAGAUUAGAUUUUGUGUUAUGAAGAUUUUUCCUGUUCGAAACCGAACAGAAAAAUUCAGAGCGCAAUAUAAAUUACUGCAUCCAAUGGUUACAACCAGUACCUAUUUCUUGGGAUUUCGAACUAAAUAAGAGUAAAAAACAAGAAUUUUGUAUUAAAUAAGACCAGAAAUCUCACAAUUUCCUGAGACUGCGCACCCGUUCUCCCAAUUAACUUAGCGCCAACCAGCGACUGUGCCCCCAGACCUUUGCUGGACUUGCUCGGAUGCGCUAUGUGGUCCCCCAGUAACCUCCCCUGCUGAAAUUUCUGCACCACCACCCCCUCCCCCGGAAAAAUUUGAUAAUCCAUCUAUGAUUACAAAGUAUAAUGUUUGCAGGAUUUGUGCAAAGAGUUGAAGGCACCAUCUCAUGCACAAGAGAACACAUUAAAGUUAAGGAGAAACGAAGUUACUGGAGAAGUUGAAAUAAAAUGUGUUUUUGAAAGAAUGGAUGAAUAUUUAAAGGUUUGUCAUAAGUACUCAAGAAUUACCUUGAAAAAAGCUCACCCAAAAUGAAAUUUGAUUUCAAUUUUUUGAGUCCUGACCUGCGUUGGGUAGAUUCCGUGAAAGGGUAAAUAAUAUUUUUGAAUUUGUAUAAUUGGGUAAUGGAUAGUGGUUCACCUGCAGUUAUCAGAGUGAAAAAAUAGUGGUGGUUCUUUUCAUUAUAUGGAAUAAUUAUCGUAUGUUUUAUGGCAAAUAGAUAGCAUUAAGAGAUAAUUGAUUAUCCCUAGUAUAUCUCGAGAUAGCAUGCAACUUACACCACUUUCUUCCUCACAUUGCAUGUAAUAAGCUACAGUAUCGUCAAAUUUGAAUUUUCUUUCUAAUUUUUGGCACGGUAUUGAAGAUUUCGCCAGAUGCUAUGCAACGAACAACGUUUCAAGUGGGCUAAAUAAAAAGCAUCCCAGAUAUUACUGAUCAUUCAGAAACUCAUUGUACAAAGUUGUGUUAUUCUCAUAUCAAACCAAACUUAAAUAUCACGGGCUUGAAAAAAGAUAUGGAACAUUUUUGAAGGAAAAUGGAAACAAAAAUUAUAUUUGACUAAUCUGGAAAGAAUGUUGAGAUUAUUUACAAAUUCUGUUUUUGAAUAUUCCCAAACUAUCUUAAUUUUUAAAAUAUUUGGAACCAAAACAUUCUGUUAUCCGCCAUCUUGUUUUAUAAUUAGAUCUAAUUCAAUUACGUUACGUCCAGGGUAGACGUUUGAAAACUAAAAUACGAUAUCAGUGGAAAGCUUAUACAUACCUUGAGUUUUAAUUUAAAAUAGACAGUGUUAAAAAUAUAGCAAUUAGCGCUAACAUGACCCGAGAAAGAUACAAAAUAAUUUUACCCCAGUUGUGACGUCACGCAUGUCCGACGAUGGAUAUGCAUAUCCAAGAUGGCAGAAUGCGUAAGUAUUUUGUUUGAAAUGAAGCUAAGGGUAAUAUCUUUUACACCGAGAACGAUAAAGAAAAUCUUCAACAAAAUUUUGAAAUUUAUUCAAUGACUCUUUCAAAUGGAGGAAACUUAAGUUUAUCGCUAUUUCCCGUUAAAGAAAUGCUACCAUCUUAAAUUUUUUUCCAACAAAAGUAUAAUUACAAUUCCGUAAAAUUCGUGUCAUAUACCCUCUAAACCCUGCUGUACUUGAUUUGCCUCCAUUGUUCUUUACUAUCUUUACCUAGGAAGAAGCAAAGAAAUCAAAGUAUCCGAAUGGCUCAGAUUUUUCAUUCGUGAUUAAUGCCAAUAAGAUGCAGAAUAUGAUGUAUUAUAACCCUGAUCUGUAUAAUGUUUCUCUGCUCUCUGAUUCAUACUACCGUUAUUUUGAAAUUGGUCUUGGAUAUUUCAUAACAGAUGGGGGGUCUAAAAAAUAUGCCACAACUUACGACUUCAAAAAAUAUCAAAGUCUGUUGGGAGGAGUGAUGGAUCCAACAUUAUCACGAACUGCAUCAAACAACACUUACCUACAAGGUAAAUACAGCAGGCUAACUUCAUAGAGAGACAUAACGACUUUAGAGAGAGCAAAACAGAAAGUUACCAAGAAGUAAUAAUAGUUUGGUUUCUUUGUAGGCAACACGUACGGACAUCGCCUCGCUUAUGUCGCAAUUACUGUGAAUACAACAUUAAAUCCGUCUUCUCUCGGAUACGAAGAAGGCUUGCCCAUUUAUAGAGACUGGGAGGAUUUUGUAAAUAACAAGGUAUGCAUCGAUUUACUAGCAGUGCUUUCCAGUGAAACGUGACCAAUGCUAUAGCUAAAGUUAGUUGUUAAUUCUCGUGUUGCUUUAUCGAAUUAAAAUUAUAGUAAUACGAUAUUCUUGUAUAUAUUUACUUUUUCCCUUUUAUUAGUUUCCCUUAUUGUAGUUAUAAACCAUGACGAUGACCCUGCGAAAUUCGACGUUUUGUGAAUUUGGAUAUAUUUGAAUAUAUAAUUUUUUGUAUAAUUUAUUUUACAGAUGAAAACAUUUCCAUCGUCGUGCAACAAUGCAUUCCAAGCAACUGUAACACAUAGCUUUAAUGUUUGGCAUUGGGUUAAGGUUCAACAGGUAAGGAUAUACAUUUAUCGCUUCCGCAGUAGCAAGCAAUGUAUAACCUAAACUUUAGCGGCAAUUUAUCAGCUUGAUGAGCUCCGUUUUCUGUGCGAAGGACUGCAUGCAAAAGAUCAAUAACAGUACACCGUUCUGGAUAAAAUAAUGGCAAUGUGCAGGAGCACAAUGCCUAUUUAAUGAUUAACACAAAAAUACCAAAUUACAAAUAAAUGUUACAAAUUUAGUAUUCAUGCAUAGCACAGAAAAGGUGGGGUUUUAAAAAACGCCACAAGCCGACUAUAUGGAGGCAGGGGCGCACAUUCGAAAAAAAUUUGGGGGGGUGUCCUAUGUUCUGGGACCGACUUUUGUAGUAUUUGUGUUUGGUAAGAAAAGCCAACUAUUUAAAGCGCAUAGACGGUAAGACGGGGAUAGCAUUCCAAGAGUUUAAAUAAACGUUCAGUUUUUCAGAACUUUUGCAGUGGUCUAAACUUUUGGAAGGGGGGAGUGCAAAAUUUUUAUGGAUUUCGAAUGCGAGCGCCGUAGGCGCGAGGAAAUUUUUGAAUUUCUAGAUUCAUUAGAACGCUAUUUCACGUAUUUUAGGACAAGGUUUGAAGAAAAGUUACAACCACAAAAAGGCAUUUUUAAGUCGUCUAAUGUUGUUAGAUCGAAAAAAUAUUUAUGUAUAGAGUUUCAAUAAACGUUCAGUUUUUACCGAACUUUUGCAGUGGUCUAAACCUUUGGAGGGGGGGGGGGACAAAAUUUUUAUGAAUUUCGAAUGCGAGCGCCGUAGGCGCGAGGAAAAUUUUGAAUUUCUAGAUUCAUUAGAACGCUAUUUCACGUAUUUUAGGACGAGGUUUGAAGAAAAGUUACAACCACAAAAAGACAUUUUUAAGUCGCCUAAUGUUGUUAGAUCGAAAAAAUAUUUAUGUAAAACAUAGUAUUGUACACGCAAAUACAACAGCAAAAUAGCAUCAUGUCUUCGUUUUUGUAGAAGUCGGUCAUGAGUAUCGCCUUGAGCGCAAAUUCAAGUUCAAAUGUGCUUUAAAGCAACCAUAAGCAUUUUUUACUGGAGUUAGGAUUCUAGGUAGGGAAGACUUCAACUUUUAUUGGCAAACAGAAGAGAUGGGUAUCAUUAUUCACACAUCGUACCCCCACCCCAAUUUCUGCCCGGAUUUCAGCUUUCCACAAGGGCAGUCCUUAUGCCCAUUGCAGAACCCCCCGAGCCCCCAUCUUGGCUACGCCGCUGAUAUACUUCUGCCUUCCAAAGUUUCCGCUUUUACGACAAGACUAACAAUGCACAUAUUAACUGCACCGCGGGGGCUUGAGGUAAUCGGAUCGCAUUACGUUGGUUGAACUGUUGUAACAUGGAAGUUGAUUAGUUGCUCUCUUGGUUUGUGUCAGUGAACUCUAAUUUGUGUAUGUCUAAUUCGUUUUUCUUUGUCUAAUUCGUCUUUCUUAUGUUUAUGCAACUUCCAUUUCCAGAAUGUCCACCUAUUACUUUUUUCGACACAAAAUGAUAAUAUCUUUCAGAUUUUAGCCGGACCGACUUUUUCGUCCCAUUCAGGUUUUGGGACCGACUUUUUAGAUCUAUUUCACAAAACAUGGGGGGUGUCACCCCCCCCCCACACCCCCCCUAAUGUGCGCCCCUGGUUAUCAAUUUCACAUGCCCUGCAAAUAGUUCCUAACAGAAGCUGGCACCCAGAUAUUUUCUAUAGCAUAAACAGUAGUAGGAACAAUAAUUUGUUCUUACUAAAUUAUAAACAAAAUAUUACCCCCUCCUUACCACUGACAUGUCUGGGGAAAGGUUUUUGUUAGAAUUUCCUUAACCACUUCCAGCAUGACUUGAAAUGCCAUCAGCUUUGGCAUGCUUCACCCCCCUCCCUCCCUGUCCCAUGAAAUAAGGUCCUGGCUAUGCCACUGAUUGUAUCAGACAAAUAACAUUUACAUAUUGGGAUCCAGUGUCAGACAUGUAUUGUCCAUUUUCUAUAAACUAUUUGUCCAAAAUUGUCCUACAAUUUUAAUUUAGUAGUUUGUGAAUUGUGAGUGAAGUCACAAGCAGAACUCCAACAACCCAAAUUUUUUUAAUAAGUUAAUACACUGGUAAAUUUCAAGUGGUAGAAACAAAUAAAAAGGUUGGUGAACACAUAUUUUAAUUUUGUUUAUAGUCAUAGACUUAACGUCUAUUCGGUAGUGUUUAUAUAAUAUAUUCUCCAGACGCUAGUAACUCCAGUCAAAGGGCUUUCCCUCGAAACGUCGGUAGUUGCGGCCCUAUUAAAGAAAGCUUGUUAA